GCAUUCAAACGCAAUUUCCGUGUUGUGUGUACGCGCUUUGCAUCACUUCACGCAACAUUCCGUUCUAGAGGAAGCAAAAUCUUGAUUGGCCAUAGCUUACAUGAAAUAGUGCCUACAUAAAAUAUCGCAACAACGAGCCUGCAUGGGUGAGACCGGCGAGGGCGGCGAGCCCGGAGGGGCGGUGGGCCCCCACCGGCCACCUCGUCGCCGGCACAGCAGCCUGAUGCCGCAGUACUUGGAGCUCAUUCGCUGUGGCGCUAAGACGGUGGAGGGGCGCAUCUGCAAAGGCAUCUGGGAGGACGUGGUCCCAGGCGACGAGUUCGUGUUCGUGCCCAACAUGGGCCCAAUCGCCCCUCCCUCCCCCGCCCCCGCCUCGGCUACCUCCACCUCCACCACCUCCGUGGCCGCCUCCACUCCCCCUCAGCCGCCCUCUCCGGCCCCUCCACCCCCUCCACCCCCGCCGCCCCCGCUGCUGGUACGCGCCACCGGUGUACGGCGCUACGAGACCUUCGCGGCCAUGCUGCAGGGCGAGGGGGUGGGCGCGUGUCUGCCGGGGGUGGCGGGGCUGGCGGAGGGCGUGGCUGUGUAUCGUGCCAUACCCGGCUACGCGGCGCAGGAGGCGGCGGGGCUGGGCGUGGUGGGCGUGGGGCUGGAGCUGGUGGCGGCCACGUUUGAGGAGGGGCAGGGGUGACAGGGGUGGCAGGGGUGCCAUGGGAGGGGUGACACGGUUGACAGGGGAGGGACACGGAGCCAGCAGAGGCUGUACGUGAGAGGAUGGGGUAUGAGGUGAGGGGUGGGGCGAGGGCGCAUGCAUGGCGUGUUGAUGCAGCUGCGUGCGGGCGAGGGUGAAAGGGCGGGGCUGCCAACAUAAGAGAGCGCGGAGUAAGAGGGCACUGAAGGCUUGAUUGUAUGUUUAGCACACGAUUCGCAAUGCGGCAUGUGCGCAAGCGCAGUUAGUAGGUGCACGGGGGCAUGUCGUGUCGCUCGGGGACUCUGGGCUCGCGCUUAGGUCGAGCGGAAAUCGGAUCCAAGCAGGAUCGCAGCUGUUGUCGUGGCACACCUUGCGUUAUGGCGUUGCUUAUUAUAUAUUGGUUGCAUGUCAUUUUUACGUGUUCACGCACUUUUGCAUUCGUAUCAUUUACAUUUGUUUAAGUUUCGUUCAAAGGCCAUGUUCUUCGUCCGCGCGCUUUAGCAAAGUGAACUCCUAAAUUCAGCUCACAUGGAGCUUGGAUCGCCACUGUUAGCUGAAGUGCGGGCAAUCUUGCUUGCGAGCGGCAUGCGUCCGCAAGCCCACGGCAUGCGUUCGCAGCCAAAUCGCAACGUGUACCUGCAGUGUAAUAGUUGUAUCCA